CGACACGAGUUUAUUUUAGGACCACACGUGUGACACAGUGGCAAGGUAAAAUAAAGUGUCUUCUUUCAACGUUGCUUUUCACACCGUUUGGUCUUGUAGAAUAGAAGAAAGAAAGAAAUGAAUUUGGAAAACAAAAUAAACUUUUUUUUCUUUCAACUCUGACACUGUCUUCGUUUUGAAUUAAGUUACUCUUAACGUUUAUUCGCGAAGACGCUUUACUCCAUAAUCGGCUUCAAAUAAUACACUCACCAAUAUGCUUAAUAUUCUUUUGGCAUAAUAUCCAAUUUUGUCCCCACUUUGGUUCGGAAAUCUCAAGUUAGUCCCUUUAUAGAAAAGUGAGUUGAAUGGAUCCUUACUUGUAAUUAAUUGACUCUAAUGAGUCCCUUCCGUUAAAUAGAACGAAACGGAGUUAGUGGACUGAUGAUGUGGCAGUUGUCUUUGGUGAGGUGUCAAUACGCAAGCUUACGUGGUGUUAGGGUUCCCCAUUUUCAAAUUGGGUAUUAUGCCUAUUAAAAAUUGGGGAUAAAGGAUUUGGGGCUCAUUUGGUCGAGACUAGGGCAUGUCCGAGAAAGAAGACAGAGGCAGGCAGUGUUUCGAGAUUACAAGUGAUCGCGGGAACUCGUAAGAACUUUUAGACAAAGCAUUUGUGAGUGGACGACCAUUGGUGGGGUAAAUAACGAAAAGCGACUUUCGAAGGUGCGUUUAUGGUAGGUUUUGUUCUGUGUUUCGUUGCUUUCGUUGUGGUCCCCCCAGAAGUUUUGAUUUAUUUUAUGGUUUGUCUGUGUUGUGUGCCCCAUUGUCAGUGCAUUUGCUUUGUUUCUGUUGCGACGUUGUCGUUGUGGUCCCCCUUCAUAGUGUGUGGUACUGUGUUGUGGCAUUUGCUUUAUUUAAUGUCAUAAAUGUGGUUUUGUUUUGUUUGAGUUGUUUAUGGUCUGUACAGUAGUAUGUUUAUGCUUUGUUUUUUGCUUAGAUAUCAUUUGGGUUAAGGGUUAAGCAUAGAUUAACUAACUGUGACCAAUUUUAUAUUAGAUAAUAUGGCCAACUCACACAUUGAAGUCGUGUUUCACCAUGGGGGGAAAUUUGAGAAUAAUGGGACAUUUGGAUAUCACUAUGGUGAAACCACAACUAUAAAAAUAGACCCUGAUCGAUGGAGUUAUUUUGAAAUAUUAAGCAUUCUAAAGGAGAUGGGUUAUAGGAAUGUAAAGGACUUAUGGUAUUCAUUGGGUCGUGGUCCUGUAUUAGAAGAUUGUUUGGAACCUUUAUUAGAUGACAAGGGUGCUUGUCAUCUGAUCAAUAUUGCUAUGUUGAAUGGUGAAGCUCACCUCUAUGUUAUACAUAGGGUGUGUGAACCUGAGUAUCUUCUGCAGUUGGAAUGCAUAUCUGAACCCCAAAUUGAUAGACCUAGUGAUGAAGGAGAAGUUGAGAGAGAUAGUGCUGAUUUGCAAGUUGAUAGACCUAGUGUUGAAGGAGAAGUUGAGAGAGAGAGUGCUGAAAAGGAAGUUCAGAUAGAGAUUGGUGUAGCAGAUGUUGAGGCAGUGGGUGAAGCAGAGGUUCAGACAAUAGCACCUGAGGUAGAACCUGAAUCAGAAGUUCAUCCAGAAAUGAUAGAAGUUGAGGUUGAUGUACUGGCUGAUAUAGAGGGUAUGGUAGAGGAUGUUGGUGUGGAGGAUGCAGUGGAGGAUGUUGGUGUGGAGGAUGCAGUGGAGGAUGUUGGUGUGGAGGAUGCAGUGGAGGAUGUUGGUGUGGAGGCACAGGUUGGUGUCCUUGGAAUGCAUAUUGUGCAUAUAAGGCAGCUGAAAAUACAUGGCAGCUAAGGAAAAUAGUAGACAACCACACUUGCAGUAGAGAAUUUAACAUCCGUCUAAUGACUUCAAAAUGCUUGAGUGGGAGGUUAGAGAAGACUAUGAAAGACAAUCCAAAUAUUAAUCUGUAUAACCUCCAUAACAAAGUUUCUAAGAAGUGGAACAUUGGUGUUUCACGGUCCACAACCUGUAGGGCAAAAGCAAUGGCAUCCAAACAAAUAGAAGGUGAUUUUAAAGAACAAUAUAGAAGAGUGUAUGACUAUGCCAAUGAGUUGCUUCGGUCAAAUCCUGGUUCAACUGUGAAAGUUCAUGUUGAACCUAAUGAGGACACUCCAAUUUUCAAGAGACUAUAUGUGUGUUUGAAGGCCUGUAAGGACAGCUUCGUGUCAUGUAGGAAGAUUAUAGGUUUGGAUGGUUGUUUCUUAAAAGGAAAAUUUGGAGGUGAGUUGUUAACUGCAGUAGCAAGAGAUGGGAAUGACCAAAUGUGUCCUUUGGCAUAUGCUGUUGUGGAAGUGGAGAAUAAGGACACUUGGAGUUGGUUUCUACAUUUUCUCAUUGAUGAUCUUGGUGGUGUGGAGAUUUCUUCAACCAUCACAUUUAUGUCAGAUCAACAAAAAGGACUUUUACCAGCCUUACAAGAACUUCUCAAUGCGUCAAGUGAGCAACCUGCAACCCAACCUGAUCAAAGUCAGCCAACUACUGGACCAAGUCAACUUACUCAAUGCGUUUUGGAACAUACUCAGCCAUCUACAACACAAGUUUAAAACUGAUUUAGGACUGACAGUAUGUUUAGCUUAAGUGAUGGCUAUUUUGUAAUGACAAACAUAUAUUUUGUAAUCACAGACAUGUUUUUUGUAAUCACAGACAUCUGCUUGGUAAACUGUCAGACGUGGAUUUGAAUUCCACUUUGUAAUUUCAUUAUGAUGUAAUUAUGAAUGUGAACGCUCGCCCACCACUUUGUAAUUCCACUUUGUUUAAUAUCUACCAAUUUUCGUACCAAAUCUACCAAAUUGGGCGCUCGCCCACCACGAGAGGACGCUCGUCCAGCACGAGAGGACGCUCGUCCAGAGAAGACUCUCAGCUGACGAUCGCCCACUCGCUCAGAACGCUU